UCGUAAGCUCUUGGUAGCCUAACCGCCUUCUCGAGGCUUCUCAUGCUUGCUCAGCUUCGUUAUUACACACUGUCGCCUCCAUAUUAGCUCUCUAGCAUCUUCUUCCCUUAGUCUUCCACACAUAUAUCAUUCCCAUAUCCACCACAACCAUGGCAACCAACGAAUCAAGCUACACCGAGAUGAAGGGCGACUUGGAAGCAAUCGGUGCGCAUUGCCAGAUGGAAUACUGCAAUGUACUAGACUUCUUACCAUUCCGCUGUGAGAGCUGUCACGGGAAAUUCUGUCUCGACCACCGCACCGAACACGCACACAAAUGCCCCAAAGAAGGCGAAUGGGCGCGCCAAAAAGCCAAAAACGCCCAAAACACCACCCCAUCCGCCCCCAAACCCAGCGUCUACAACCACGACUCACAAUGCGCCGACCCCUCCUGCAAGACCUUCAUCGACACCGCCCGCGCACAAGGCGUCCACUGCCCGCGCUGCAACAGACGGUAUUGCCUCAAACACCGCUUCGAAGAAGACCAUUCCUGCUCCACCCUCACUCCCCUCGGCGCGCGCCCCCAGAACUACGUCCAAGCACGCACGCAAACCGCCCUUACGAGACUGAAAGCAUGGGCCGAGCAAAAGAAAAAGGACGAUGAGAAACGACGCUCUUCAUCCAAGAAAACAGGCGGUUUCCUCGGCCUAGGCAAAUCCUCCUCUUCCGCUGCAACCUCCGCCCAAUCCGAACUUAACGCCCUCAAACGCGUCGCCAAAGGCGAAGCCAGCAUCCCCGCCGAAAAACGCAUAUACCUACACGUCGAAGCCUCAGCCGAUACAACGAAAGCCAAAUACCCCACGGGGAAAUUCUUCUACAAUAAAGAAUGGACAGUAGGGCGCGUGCUGGAUAUGGCGGCGAAAGCGCUGCAGGUGCAGAAUGUGAAUAAUCGAGGUGGAGGCGAGGAGGAGAAGUUGAGGGUUUUCCAUGUGGAAGGGGGACGGUUGUUGAAGUUUAGUGAGAAGAUUGGGGAGCCGUGUCAGAGUGGGAAUAUGGUUGUGCUGUUGAGGGGGGUGGGGAGUGGGGAGGCGCCCGAUUUGAUUGAUCUGUAGAGGGGAUGCAUGGAUUGUAUGGCAUGGCGUGGCGUUCUGCGUUGGGUUUUUGUGCUAGAGAUACCCUGGUGCUAAUGUGACAUGACUGAAUGGAUGAAGAGGUGAGAGACCAUAUAUCUAAUGGAGCCGAAGGACAGCCCGAGUGAACAUACGUCGAAGGCAGGUACGAUUCAACACCAUGUCUUUUUUCAAGCAACAGACAACACGCAUAUUUCAACCACUCAUGACCGUAGACAGAAGCUCGAUACAAUCAU